GAGGAGGUGGAGUCCAGAUGGUGCUGAGGUUGUUCAGCCUGGCCGAAGUGGGGAAAAAGCGUGUUUGGUGGUAGGGCAAGGGCAAAGAAAAUGAGCAACGUCGUCCUGAGAGGGCUGUCAGGACAAAACCAGAUUUCAGUUGAGUCAGGUUUAACGUGGAGAGAACAUUCUAGGGAAUGGCUGAGCAUGUAGCGUUGUGUUUUGGCAAAAGGCUAGGCCUUUUUUUUUUUUUUUUUUAAUGUUUAAGCUCUAUGCCCAACAUGGGGCUCGAACUUACAACCCCGAGAUCAAGAGUUGCAUGCUCUCCGACCGAGCCAGCCGGGUGCCCGAAGACUAGGGUUCUUGAGGGCAGGGAAGUGUUCCAAAUGGGAUCAGGAAGGGGAGGAAGAGCCAGGGUUGAGAUGAGAUUGUAGGCAAGAUUAGCUGAUUAAAGAGGUUUGCACCUUUGGGGGUGAUUAGGGAAGUGGGGGGGCAGGGCGUGGAGGAAUGGUCUGGAGGCCAGCCCCAGACUUCCAGUUAGAACGGAGAUGGGAAAUUAGGUCACCCCCUGGGCGGCUCCCCCUCUUGGGGGGAGGGGGGUUUGAGUCGGGGGGAUGAGGGGCUGCCUGGGAUGUUUCCUGCCUUAAAGGGACUCACAGACCCGGAAGGGAGAUUAGAUGUAUGCAAAUAACCUAAAUUGAGAAGGCAGAAGUUGGCAGCAGGCUAGAGAUUCUGCCUUUGGUGUUCAGUUCUAGUGACUUCGCUGCCUUCCCCGCCCCACGUCCUUUUUUUGUGAUCCUUAAUGUUUUUCAAGAGUUUGGCCCUUUCCGGGUUCAACAAUGUUAAAUAGGCCUUUGCUAAUGAACACCGUUCAUCUCUGUGGCCCUUGCCACGUUGAUUUGACUACAGAAGCCUUUUAUUUUCUUAGGGGAUCGGGGAAAGUCAAUGGUAACGUUUAACUUUCAGAAAUUCCUGUGUAGCGCACAAGUGUAAUAACUCACCUUGGCACUCCUUUACUUGACCUCCAAGGGCUGGAAGGAAUGCUUGCUACCUUCCCAGACCCUUAGUACUCCACGUCAGGAAACCCCCUUGCUUGUUUGUGGGAAUUCAGUUCAAAGGAGUCAUUUACCUACGUGGGUGUUACUUUCUUCCGAGAUACAGAAUCAUUAUUAGCAGGGCAUGUUGAAAAGUUGUUAGUUUUUUUUGUUUGUUUUUUUAACACAGAAAGGAAGGCCAGAAACCACGGGAGGGAGAAGGAGCUAGAGCGGUUUCCCCUUUUCUGUAAAUCCAACGGUAAUUUUAUGAUGCACAUCUCUUUGGGAUGUAGAUCUCUUGGUUUCCUUCAGCCUUUGCCGGGAGGGCAGAGGGGUUCGUGGGGGACAUCGGCCUGCUGCUUUUAUCAGCCUUUUUGAUUCGUGCAAGGCUCCACCCUGGAAGCUCUGAGAGCAGUCGCUGGGGCAAGGGGCCAGUCUCACUGAGCUCCAUUGCCUGGAACCUAGGGCUUGUCAGAGCACAAUGAUUACGAGUGGGAUCUGGGAGGACACUGCCCAGGUUCAGAGUUCAGCUCAGCUGCUUACCAGCUGGGUGAUCUUGGGUCAGUUACUUAGCUUUCUCGCCGCUUGAUGACCCCUCUGGUGGGCUUGUUGAAAGGCUUAAAGGAGUCGGCACUUACGAAGCGUUUAGAGCAGGGCUUGGCCCGUGGCUCUGCCCAGUGCUUUUGGCUCUCAUUAAUAUUCCCAGGCUUUACGGCGGGCAACAAGGCUUUUGUGUAUCACAGGUCACCGGACAAAAGUAAACUGGCAGAUGGGAAGCGUGGACCCUGGCUUUUGUUUUUUUUAACUUCCUUGCUCCAAAUGAUGCCCCCAAAGGAAAAGACCAAAAUUGUUGAGCCCUUGGACUAUGAGAAUGUCAUCACCCAAAGGAAAACCCAGAUUUACAGCGACCCCCUCAGAGACCUGCUUAUGUUUCCGAUGGAAGACAUAUCUAUCUCGGUGAUAAGCCGUCAGCGCAGAACAGUGCAGUCCACUGUACCAGACGAUGCUGAGAAAAGAGCCCAGAGUUUGUUUGUCAAAGAGUGUAUUAAAACCUAUAGCACAGAUUGGCAUGUGGUAAAUUAUAAGUAUGAAGACUUCUCCGGGGACUUUCGAAUGUUGCCAUGCAAGUCUCUGCGACCAGAAAAGAUACCCAACCAUGUGUUUGAGAUUGAUGAGGACUGUGAUAAAGAUGAGGAUUCGUCUUCGUUAUGUUCUCAGAAGGGCGGUGUGAUAAAACAAGGCUGGCUGCAUAAAGCAAACGUAAAUAGCACCAUCACAGUUACCAUGAAGGUAUUCAAGAGACGGUAUUUUUACUUGACUCAACUUCCUGACGGUUCAUAUAUUCUCAAUUCCUAUAAAGAUGAGAAAAAUUCAAAAGAAUCUAAAGGUUGCAUCUACCUGGACGCCUGCAUCGACGUUGUUCAGUGCCCCAAAAUGCGCCGUCAUGCAUUUGAACUCAAGAUGUUAGAUAAGUAUAGCCAUUACCUGGCUGCUGAGACUGAGCAGGAAAUGGAGGAAUGGUUGCUAACUUUGAAAAAGAUUAUUCAGAUCAAUACCGACAGUUUAGUGCAAGAGAAAAAGGAGACGGUAGAAACAACACAAGAAGAUGAAACUAGCAGCCAAGGAAAAGCCGAGAACAUCAUGGCCAGCUUGGAAAGGAGUAUGCAUCCGGAACUGAUGAAGUACGGCAGAGAAACUGAACAGCUAAAUAAACUCAGCAGAGGGGACGGAAGACAGAAUCUCUUUUCUUUUGAUUCGGAAGUCCAGAGGUUGGACUUUUCAGGAAUCGAGCCUGAUAUAAAGCCAUUCGAGGAAAAGUGCAAUAAACGUUUCCUGGUAAACUGCCAUGAUUUAACUUUCAAUGUCUUGGGUCAAGUUGGAGACCAUGCAAGAGGACCAGCCACAAAUGUUGAACCCUUUUUUAUCAAUCUCGCUUUAUUUGAUGUGAGGAACAAUUGUAAGAUUUCAGCUGACUUCCACAUAGACCUGAAUCCCCCGCCUGUCCGUGAAAUGCUGUGGGGUGCUUCUGCGCAACUGGCCGCCGACGGACACCCGAGAAGCUCUUUACCAGAGUCUUUUAUUCAUGGAAUUGCAGAAUCCCAGUUACGCUACAUAAAGCAGGGAAUUUUCUCGGUGACGAAUCCACAUCCUGAAAUUUUUCUAGUUGCGAGAAUUGAAAAGGUGCUCCAGGGAAACAUUACACACUGUGCAGAACCCUACAUCAAAAAUUCAGACCCAGCAAAGACGGCGCAGAAGGUGCACAGGACAGCAAAGCAAGUAUGUAGCCGCCUGGGACAGUACAGAAUGCCCUUUGCUUGGGCUGCCAGACCCAUUUUCAAAGAUACUCAAGGUUCUCUGGAUCUGGAUGGGAGGUUUUCUCCUUUGUAUAAACAAGACAGUAGCAAGCUUUCAAAUGAAGACAUUCUCAAGUUACUCUCAGAAUACAAGAAGCCGGAGAAGACCAAAUUGCAGAUUAUUCCUGGGCAGCUAAACGUCACGGUAGAAUGUGUUCCUGUGGAUUUAUCAAAUUGCAUUACUUCCUCAUAUGUGCCCCUGAAGCCUUUCGAAAAGAAUUGUCAAAAUAUUACCGUGGAGGUCGAAGAGUUUGUUCCAGAAAUGACAAAAUAUUGUUAUCCGUUUACUGUUUAUAAAAACCAUCUGUAUGUCUAUCCCUUGCAAUUAAAAUAUGAUAGCCAGAAGACAUUUGCCAAGGCGAGGAACAUCGCAGUCUGUGUAGAGUUCCGGGAUUCAGAUGAAAGCGACGCUCGCGCUCUAAAGUGUAUUUAUGGAAAACCUGCAGGAUCUGUUUUUACCACAAAUGCUUACGCUGUUGUCUCCCAUCACAACCAAAAUCCAGAGUUCUAUGAUGAGAUUAAAAUCGAGCUUCCCAUUCACCUGCAUCAAAAGCAUCAUUUGCUCUUCACGUUUUAUCAUGUAAGUUGUGAAAUUAACACAAAGGGAACAACCAAAAAGCAGGACACAGUUGAAACUCCAGUUGGCUUUGCCUGGGUACCUUUGCUGAAGGAUGGUAGAAUCAUUACAUUUGAGCAGCAGCUGCCGGUUUCAGCCAAUCUUCCUCCAGGCUACUUGAAUGUGAAUGAUGCAGAAUCAAGAAGGCAGUCUAAUGUGGAUAUUAAGUGGGUAGAUGGCGCUAAGCCUUUGUUGAAGAUUAAAAGCCACUUAGAGUCUACCAUUUAUACUCAAGAUCUACAUGUCCACAAAUUCUUCCAUCAUUGCCAGCUGAUUCAGUCGGGCUCCACAGAAGUUCCGGGGGAGCUCAUUAAAUAUUUAAAGUGUUUGCAUGCCAUGGAGAUCCAAGUGAUGAUACAGUUUCUGCCUGUAAUUCUUAUGCAACUCUUCCGAGUUCUCACAAACAUGACCCACGAAGAUGACGUUCCUGUCAACUGUACCAUGGUUCUCUUACAUAUCGUUUCAAAGUGCCAUGAAGAAGGCUUGGAUAAUUAUUUAAGAUCCUUCAUCAAGUAUAGCUUCCGACCCGAAAAACCGAACGCGCCUCAGGCCCAGCUGAUACAUGAAACUCUGGCCACUACGAUGAUUGCAGUGUUGAAACAGUCUGCUGACUUUUUGUCGAUAAACAAACUGCUAAAGUACUCGUGGUUUUUUUUUGAAAUUAUUGCAAAGUCUAUGGCCACAUACUUGUUGGAAGAGAAUAAAAUUAAGCUUCCCAGAGGCCAGAGAUUUCCAGAGGCAUAUCAUCAUGUCUUACAUUCAUUGCUUCUUGCGAUAAUUCCGCAUGUGACUAUUCGCUAUGCCGAGAUUCCCGAUGAGUCCAGAAAUGUCAAUUAUAGUUUGGCUAGCUUCCUGAAGCGCUGUUUGACACUAAUGGAUAGAGGAUUUGUUUUCAAUUUGAUAAAUGACUAUAUAUCUGGAUUCAGCCCCAAAGAUCCUAAGGUUCUGGCUGAAUACAAGUUUGAAUUUUUGCAAACAAUUUGCAACCAUGAGCAUUACAUUCCUCUGAAUUUGCCAAUGGCAUUUGCCAAACCGAAACUCCAGCGAGUGCAAGAUUUUUUUUCAUUUGCGGUGGACCGUUUGACUUCAGUAGAUUCAAAUCUUGAAUACAGUUUAUCAGAUGAAUAUUGCAAGCAUCACUUCUUGGUCGGUUUACUUCUGAGGGAAACCUCCAUUGCUCUGCAAGACAAUUACGAGAUCAGAUAUACAGCUAUCUCUGUCAUAAAGAAUCUUUUGAUAAAACAUGCAUUUGACACUAGAUACCAGCACAAGAACCAACAAGCCAAAAUAGCACAGUUGUACCUCCCGUUUGUUGGACUGCUCUUGGAAAAUAUACAGCGAUUAGCUGGUCGAGACACUAUGUACCCUUGUGCAGCCGUGCCCAGUUCUGCAUCCAGGGAUGAGUUUGCCUGCGGCUUCACUUCACCUACAAAUAGAGGGAGUCUGACCGCUGACAAAGACACGGCUUAUGGGGCUUUUCAAAAUGGACAUGGGAUUAAGAGGGAAGAUUCGAGAGGUUCCCUCAUCCCGGAAGGAGUAACAGGACUUCCAGAUCAGAGCGGAACUGUUGAAAACACCCGACAGAGCUCUGCAAGGAACAGUAUGUCCCAGUAUAACCGACUGGAUCCGUAUGAAAUCAGAAGCCUCUUAAUGUGCUACCUGUAUAUAGUAAAAAUGAUUUCUGAAGAUACUCUCUUAACUUACUGGAAUAAAGUAUCUCCUCAGGAGCUCAUAAACAUUCUCAUACUUCUAGAAGUAUGUUUGUUUCACUUUAGAUAUAUGGGGAAAAGAAACAUAGCAAGGGUGCAUGAUGCCUGGCUGUCAAAGCACUUUGGGAUAGACCGAAAAUCACAAACCAUGCCAGCCCUUCGAAACAGAUCAGGAGUAAUGCAGGCCCGGCUUCAGCAUCUUAGUAGCCUGGAAAGUUCAUUUACACUUAAUCACAGUUCUGCGACCACCGAAGCGGAUAUUUUCCAUCAGGCCCUUCUUGAAGGCAACACUGCUACCGAAGUGUCCCUGACAGUACUAGAUACCGUCUCGUUUUUCACCCAGUGCUUCAAGAGUCAGCUUUUAAAUAAUGAUGGCCACAACCCAUUAAUGAAAAAAGUAUUUGAUAUCCACCUGGCUUUUCUUAAAAAUGGACAGUCUGAAGUGUCACUGAAACAUGUUUUUGCCUCACUGCGAGCUUUCAUCAGUAAGUUUCCCUCCGCGUUUUUCAAAGGAAGGGUUAACAUGUGUGCCGCAUUUUGCUACGAGGUUCUCAAGUGCUGCACCUCGAAGAUCAGCUCAACCAGGAACGAGGCGUCCGCGCUUUUGUAUCUUCUGAUGAGGAACAACUUUGAGUAUACCAAAAGGAAAACCUUUUUGAGGACCCAUCUGCAGAUCAUAAUUGCUGUGAGCCAGCUGAUAGCCGACGUGGCACUAAGCGGAGGAUCGCGAUUUCAGGAAUCCCUGUUCAUUAUCAAUAAUUUUGCAAACAGUGACAGACCUAUGAAGGCCACUGCUUUUCCCACAGAAGUCAAAGACUUGACCAAGAGAAUCCGUACUGUCCUUAUGGCCACCGCUCAGAUGAAGGAGCAUGAGAAGGAUCCUGAAAUGUUAAUUGAUCUCCAGUACAGCCUAGCCAAGUCCUAUGCGAGCACCCCGGAGCUCAGGAAAACCUGGCUUGACAGCAUGGCCAAGAUUCAUGUAAAAAAUGGAGAUUUUUCAGAGGCCGCAAUGUGUUACGUGCACGUGGCAGCUCUGGUUGCCGAGUUUCUCCAUCGAAAAAAAUUAUUCCCGAGUGGAUGUUCAGCCUUCAAGAAAAUAACUCCCAAUAUAGAUGAAGAAGGAGCAAUGAAAGAAGAUGCUGGAAUGAUGGAUGUCCAUUACAGUGAGGAAGUUUUGCUGGAGUUGCUAGAACAAUGUGUGGAUGGCUUAUGGAAAGCAGAACGUUAUGAAGUCAUUUCUGAGAUCUCCAAGUUGAUCAUUCCAAUUUAUGAGAAACGUCGUGAGUUUGAGAAACUUACUCAAGUUUAUAGAACUCUUCAUGGAGCUUACACAAAAAUUCUAGAGGUCAUGCACACAAAAAAAAGACUUUUAGGGACUUUCUUCAGAGUUGCCUUUUAUGGCCAAUCUUUUUUUGAAGAAGAGGAUGGGAAGGAGUACAUCUAUAAAGAACCCAAGCUCACCGGCCUCUCGGAGAUUUCCCUGAGACUCGUUAAACUUUAUGGUGAAAAAUUUGGUACAGAGAAUGUUAAAAUAAUUCAGGAUUCAGACAAGGUGAACGCUAAAGAUCUCGAUCCAAAAUAUGCUCAUAUCCAAGUCACUUAUGUGAAGCCCUACUUUGAUGACAAAGAACUCACGGAAAGAAAGACCGAGUUUGAAAGAAACCAUAAUAUCAACAGAUUUGUUUUUGAAGCUCCUUAUACAUUAUCAGGCAAAAAGCAAGGCUGCAUAGAAGAACAGUGUAAACGCCGCACCAUCUUGACCACUUCAAACUCCUUUCCGUACGUGAAGAAGAGGAUCCCUAUAAACUACGAGCAGCAGAUUCAUUUAAAGCCCAUCGAUGUCGCGACUGAUGAGAUCAAAGAUAAGACGGCAGAGCUGAAAAAACUUUGCUCCUCUGCCGACGUGGACAUGAUUCAGCUGCAGCUGAAAUUGCAGGGUUGUGUCUCAGUGCAGGUAAAUGCUGGUCCAUUAGCAUAUGCAAGAGCUUUCUUAAAUGAUAGUCAAGCCAGCAAGUAUCCACCAAAGAAAGUAAAUGAGUUGAAAGACAUGUUUAGGAAAUUCAUACAGGCAUGCAGCAUUGCGCUUGAGCUAAAUGAGCGGCUAAUUAAAGAGGAUCAAAUUGAAUACCAUGAAGGGCUAAAGUCAAAUUUCAGAGACAUGGUAAAAGAAUUGUCUGACAUUAUCCACGAGCAGAUAUUACAAGAAGACACAAUACAUUCCCCUUGGAUGAGAAACACGUUACAUGUAUUUUGUGCCAUUAGCGGUACGUCGAGUGACAGAGGUUAUGGUUCCCCAAGAUACACUGCUGAAAUAUGAGGACGUGCAACUGUAAAGUGACAACGAGACUGACCUUUCUCAGGAAUGAGCGGAGCUGUGCAAACGUUCCAAUGUAAAGAUGUGAUACACACGGAGUGUUUCUUCCUGACACCAAAAUUUUCAUGCUUUCAAACAGGGUGCUUACAUAUUUGUAAAUAUCUAAGCAACUUGAAAGUGCCUGGUAAAUUGCACCACUGUGCUCGGUUUGUACUUUUUUAGGUAAAUCUAUAUACGGAGAAGCAGAGCUCAACAACGUGAAUUCAGUUUGCUUCAUUGUCGCUUACAGUAACCAUGGUACUAUGUAAAAUUGUAUAAUGGAACACAAUAAAAGGUAAAACUUAUUUGUAA